GCGAAAAGCAUGAGGUCCUUUAAAUAAAACAGGAUGCCGGAAUACUGCUGGUCACCACAUUUGCAGGUUGCAGAAUCAGAGCUGGAGAAGGCAGCACAGAAAGAAGAAAUAAAUGUGACUGAUGGAGGGAUGGAAAUGUCAGAAGAUGAUAUCAACACAGAAGAAUACCCCACUGAAAUUCAUGAUUAUCUUACAGCAUUUGAAAAAUCUCUUAGUUCUGUAGAUGAGAUGCUGAAAACAAUGAUGUCUGUUCCUAGAAGUGAGCUUCUCCAAAAGUUAGAGCCUCUUGAGCAAGCAAAGCUGGAUUUGGUUUCAGCAUACACAUUAAAUUCAAUGUUUUGGGUAUACUUGGCUACUCAGGGAAUCAAUCCAAAGGAACAUCCAGUGAAACAAGAACUGGAGAGAAUAAGAACAUAUAUGAACAAGGUCAAAGAAAUUGCAGACAAGAAAAAGGCAUCUAAACUUGAUAAAGGAGCAGCUUCCAGAUUUGUAAGAAAUGCACUGUGGGAACCAAGCCCUGAAAAUGAACGUACCUCCAAAACUCCUCCUAAAGCAAAAAAGAGAAAGAUGGACUAAGUUUUUAUAAUAUAAUAAAUCCUUAUAUAAUCAGAGACACCUAGAAUUACCAAAAUGUGGUUUGUAAGCUGUAUGAGUUUAACAGAAGUGCUAUAUAGCAACAUUGUGAUGAAGUUAUACUUAAAAAACAGGAUUGUAUUUUGUCUAGAACAUAUCACUGAGGUAAUUACAUUAUAUGUAUAUCUGAUGUAUCAAACGUGCCAUUUGAUGCUAGGAAGUAACAUUUCCUUAUUCAAAUGAUGAUGACCUGACAUAAACUUGCUGGUAAUGGAUACUAGUGUUGUUUUGUUAUAAUGUUUAAGAAUUAGGUUUUUUACUCCUGGAUGAUUGACACUUUUUAUAUGUAUUUAAUUUCCUGAAUAUAAAAACCAGUCUCAAAUGA